UGUUUAGAGGCGGGCCCAGCAGAAGCGGUGCCCUCAUCAAAGAUGGCGGCGGCCGGGCUGAGGCGAAGUGGUUGGGCGCUUUGGCGAUGCAGAGAAGUCUUCCGAUGCCAGCUCAAUCCAGCCCAGCGGGCCCUCCGUGUGGCGGCUGCACUCCAGAAAGCUUCGGAUGAGCAUAAACAGCCUCCGUUCCAGUCCUCGACUCAGCCUUUAGAGGAGCAACAGGAUCAGGAGCAUUCGCACUCGCGGCCCAGUUACACAGACCAAGGUGGUGAAGAAUCAGAAGGCUAUGAGAGCGAGGAGCAGCUCCAACACAGGAUCCUGACCGCAGCUUUAGAGUUUGUGCCAUCGCACGGAUGGACGGCGGAUGCGAUUGCAGAGGGAGCCAAGUCACUAGGUCUCUCUGUCGCUGCAGCAGGGCUUUUCCACAACGAUGGCAGCGAACUGGUCCUGCAUUUUGUGUCCCAGUGCAAUUCCGCACUUUCUGAACUUCUCCUGGAACAGCACAAACUGGUGCAACUGGGCCAAGCUGAGAAGAAGAAGACUGACCAGUUCCUCAAGGAUGCCAUGGAGGCCCGGCUGAGGAUGCUCAUUCCCUAUAUUGAAAAGUGGCCCCAGGCGAUGAGUGUGUUGUUGCUGCCGCACAACAUCCCAGCCAGCCUCAACCUCCUGACAAACAUGGUGGAUGACAUGUGGCACUACGCAGGAGACCAGUCCACUGACAUCAACUGGUACACGCGUCGCGCGGUGCUGGCCGGCAUUUUCAACACUACAGAACUUGUGAUGCUGCAGGACUCAUCUCCUGACUUCGAGGAUACCUGGACUUUCCUCCAAAACCGAAUAUCCGAUGCAAUGAACAUGGGACACACAGCCAAACAGGUACAAGCCACAGGAGAGGCUCUUGUCCAGGGACUGAUGGGUGCUGCUGUUACCAUAAAGAACCUCACAGGACUGAACCAACGUCGGUGAAGCGAGCGUGGCAGCAUCUCACCCGAGACCGGUUAGGAAAAGAAUCCCAGCGCUAAAUUGCCACGGCUUUCUCUUCCAACUUUUCUCUUUCUCUUUCUCACUCCAUACCCCUCUUGCUCUCUCUUUCAUUCAUACACAUGCACCAUCAAAUUAUUAUGAGACUCUUUUAUUUUCUGGAGCCUGUGUAAGUUGCCAACUGGGUCCCCUGGUCCUGCCACCUCCCCCUUGUUGUGUUUGAUCUACUCAGGAAAAAAAUAAAUAGAGUCGGAUCCAUUUUUUAAAAUGAAGAUUGACUCGUUUUGGAUCCUUCAGUCCCGUUUUUCCUCUCUCUACCCCAUUUGUGUCCUUAUCUGUCCUUGGUGAAGACAGCAAAAUGGUCUCAUUUUCCUCCCGCUCCUAAUGCGGCCUGACUCCCAAGAGGCAAAACAGGCUCCUGGUGCUGUUCCAUGCUUUUCGGUCCUUUUCUGGGAGUGGGAUUAAUAAUGGUAAUUGCCCCAGCUCUUGAAUGGUUCCUUCUUGUCAACAGGGUAUUCACAGCUCUCUGGUGAAUGCAUAAUGCCUGUUUUUUUUUUCCUGGACACUGACACAACUGUAAAUUAAUUAAUCAUAAGAAUAAUAAAAUCGAAUGGGUUCUCUGUG